AUGCUGCGUCCGGACGCCGCCAUAUUUGUCGUGCGCACAAGCCUGGGCUAUCUGAUCACCUACUCUCUGGCUACCGAUGCCGACUCCCGAGUCUACAAACCCCAUUUUUCCAGUCAUACCAACGUUCAGAAGCGGCGGCAAACCCACGCAGGCGGCCCGGGAGCGAUAGCCCCCGACCAAAUACUAUGGGGCCCCGGUGAGGGUUCGGGAGUUAGGGAUGUCAGCGUUCGUUUCCGCAUGGUUAUCAAAGUGGACGCCGGCAUUGAGAGUGCUCUGGCUUUGGAUGACGAGUUGGUAGUGGCUACGCGGAAACCUGCGGCAGUUCAAUGCAUCCGAUGGACCCCAGACAGCUCCGGAAGUCAGACCAGCACAGAGCUAUUGAGCCGCAUGGGCUGGGUUGACAAGAAGGUCAUGGUUCGCGAGAUGACUCAUGACAGGCGCAUGAACCUGUCCACAUGGGUGACCAGUGACGGCAAAGCGUACGCUGUCCAGCGCAUCACUGGCAGCCAACUAGAACCCGAUACCAACCAGCCGCCCGACCCAAAGAAGCUUUUCAAGGGCUAUUGCUUUUAUACGCCGCAGACACCUGGUGAACAAGCCAUACGUUGCAUCGUCAACGCGGUCUUCUCUCUCAUUGCUGUGGGCUGCGCAGAUGGCAACAUUCGCGUGUUUUCUGCAAAAGAUUACUCUGGAAACAUUCCAGCUUCUCACGUCCACAACCUCCCUGCUUCAAAUCACACUUGUGGCAGACUUACAACACUUAGCUACUCUCCCGAUGGCUAUUGUCUUUUCGCUGGCUACGAAAAGGGAUGGGCAACAUGGAGUGUAUACGGCAAGCCACUGAGUAACAGCUUUGGGGCCGAUCAAACCAUUGCUAGCACAACCGGGGAAGAGUGGAUAUCCGGUGUCCUGGACGCAGCCUGGAUCGGAGGUGGCUGUGAACUGUUGCUUGUGGGGCGAGCCCAUGAAUCGAUAUGGCUGCUAGAGAUGGCACGAAGCGCAGUGACCGGAUGCUACAACUCUGCAAAUCUCUUCAGGACCGUGCUUCAGAGCACUUCCAGCGUCAUGGUCUAUAGGGGAUAUGACCUUCCCGAUCUUACUUCGAUCUCGGCCGAACCUGGGCUGUGGCAUACAGCUAGAAUACCAGCCAGCUAUCUUAUGAACCAUUGGCCAAUCAGGUGUACUGCCAUCUCCAGCGAUGGUCGAUAUGUUGCAGUUGCGGGCAGGAGAGGCUUGGCUCACUAUAGCGUUAACAGCGGUCGCUGGAAGACGUUUGUGGAUGGGGACGCGGAGAACCAAUUUAUGGUAAAGGGUGGCAUGUGUUGGUACCAGAACAUCCUGGUUGCUGCCGUGGAGGCCAAUAGAAGCUUCGAACUCCGUCUCUACUCGCGGGAGGCAUCCCUCGAUAGCUCGAACGUGCUACAUACCCAAGAGAUGUCGGCGCCCGUUGUCCUAGUCACCCCGUCUGGCGAAGACUCGCUGCUCGUUUAUACUUACGACAACCUCCUUUACCAUUUCAUAUUUGCACCAUUUGGUGGCACCGUUAGGCUGGUGGAAGUUGGUCACAUAGCUUUCCAUGGCAUCAUUCGAUCGCCCGCACGAGUUCGAGGUUUAAGCUGGAUUUUGCCCGAGAGCCAGCUGUUAGACGGAGACCCAUCCCAAGACGUGGCUCAUGCUUCUGUCUUGUUCUUGGUAGACGGCAAGCUGGUCCUCCUUCGGCCCUCAUACAAUGAAGGCGGUCUCAAAUACGAUAUGCGCGUUAUUGCGAACAAUCUCGAAUUCUACGUUAGCAUGAGGGACCAGCCAUUUGUGGGCGGCGUCCUGACACCUUCCGAAAAGCAGGUCUUUACGGCUGCGGCUGACGACAGUUUACGUAAUUCGCUAUGGAUCUUUGACGGUAGUGAAAUCAAGACCUGGACGGAUGUCGAGCCAGUUUUGAGGGCCACCUCUGGAGAAGCCACGAGAGAGCUUCCACCCAUGACAUCAAUCCCUAUCGACUUUUAUCCCCUAUCCGCUCUUCUCAGCAAAGCCAUAGUACUUGGCGUGGAGUCCGAUCUUAUCCAGCGCCGUGAUGUCAGCUUCUCCUUCUUCCGUUUCUCGAUACGGACGCACCUCUUUCUACCCGAUAUACUGCGGUUCUACCUUAGUAAUAACAGACCGAUUGAGGCGUUGCGGUUAGCUCAGCAAUAUGAGCACCUUGAGUACUUUGCGCAUGGACUGGAAAUACUUCUGCACCAUGUCCUGGACGAAGAGGUGGAUGCCCAUCCUCCGCCUGCUCCAGAACAUGCCAUCCUCCCACGCGUGCUGUCACUUCUCUCAUCGUUCAAGCAGUACUUGGACAUUGUGGUGCAGUGUACCCGCAAGACGGAAGUGCGUUCCUGGCGUACUCUGUUCGCCUAUCUCCCUCCACCUCAGGAGCUGUUCGAGGAGAGCUUGCAGCGUGGCAGCCUCAAGACUGCUGGCGGCUACUUGCUCAUCCUCCAUACCUUUGACGAACUCGCAACAGCAAGCGAGCAGAGUGUGCGUCUCUUAAGCAGAGCAAUGCGCGAGGGCGACUGGGAGCUAUGCAAAGAGCUGGCGCGGUUUUUGGCAGCGCUCGAUGAAACGGGGGACACGCUGCGUGAAGCAAUGGAGCUGGCCAAGAUGCGAGUGAAGCAGGAAAGUGAGCUGGAGGAUGGCCAUGGCAGCGUAGGCAGCGGGCUGGGCACAAUGCUUGGAGUUCCUCAGGGUGGUGGUGCUAACGGUGCUUCCAGCACUACCAGCUCAUUGAUUUCUAAUACCAAGGGGAUUAUAGGUAGUGACUGGGAUGCUGACAGGCGCACAAUCAGCGACGCCGGCAGCGUUGUCAGUGCUAAUCGGUACGAAGGUUAAUCAAGUGGCUUAUGGAGGCCAAAUCCACAUGGAAAUUGGAAAGCGGAUAUUUGGU